AUGUUCAGGCUCUCACCCGCCAAACCUUCCUCCUCAGGUACCAACCCAAAAGCCCCGCCAACCUCAGCGGAAUACGACAAUGGGCUGAGAGUCGAAGCCAAGAACGUAUAUAUGGUUCUUUCGUCGACGGCGCUGCCACGAAAGUACGACUGGGGAAUACUCAUCGCCUCUAACGAACUGGGAGGAGUCAUUUUCCACCAGACUCUCAACGGAACCGUCUGGCGAUAUAUAGUUGAGUUCGAGGAUAUUACGAGAUCCACGGCAUUGCUCGUCGUUUUAAAACUCGGCGAGGUCCCAGACAUUACGGCUGAGUGGAUGGACGCCAUAAAACAGUGCAUCCAGGCAACUGAGGUGCCAGGAGACGAGUUUACUUGUCGAACCUGGGCCCUCGCGGCGAUAUAUGAACUUGCCAACUGCGGGUUUAUCGGCAUGGAGCCAAGCUGGGAUAUCAUGAAGAAGAUUGAGGAAGAGGCCAACGACAUCGCGACGGACGCAUUAUUUUCCAACCAAAAGCUCGUCGUGGAUAGUCAUCAGUUUAAUGAAAAGGAGAAAAUCAGUAAGGUGGAAGCGGAAGAGGAGAGAGGAGAGAGUGAUCCAUUGUACCGACAGUUUAUCAAAACACAGGCUUUGCUAUCCAAAGUAGCUUCUCUGGCUCUAGUUCAUUAUGGUAGCUGUUUUUCAAAAGCAUAA